AUGAACGCGUUCCCGAUGGAGACAGGCUGGCAGAAGAUGCAGCGCCGCUGCCGAGAGGAGCCGCUGGUGCCACUAGGCUGUCUGGCCACGGCAGGAGUGCUGAUUGGCGGCUUGGCCUCGUUCCGCCGCGCCGCCGACGCCGCCACACAACAGAAAUUCAUGCGUCUACGUGUAAUUGCCCAAGGCGCCACCGUCGUGGCCCUGUCGCUCGGCGGAUUCAUUGCCAUCAAACCAGACGAGGACAACCAUGACACCAAGCACUAA